AUGGAAAACAUCUUCGCCACCACCUUUUCUCUCCUCCUCCUCUUAUCCCUACUCCUACUCCCCCACCCAUCCACCGCAGCUUUCGCUACUGCAGCUGCAUCUCCCUACUUGUCCUCAACCUUUACCACACCACUUGCCCCAGGGCCACCUCCGUCAUCCGCGCAGUGGUCCAAAGGGCCGUCGCCGGGGAGCCUCGACUCGGGGCCUCCCUCCUCCAAAUGCACUUCCACGACUGCUUCAAGCAGGGCUAUAAUGGCUUCGUCUUCCUGGACAACACCCCUGCCAUCAAAGGAGAGAAGGGCACCCCCCCCGAAUAAGAAUUCCCUCCGCGGCUUCCAGGUCGUCGACGCCGCAAAGUCGGAGCUUGAGCAUGUCUGCCCGAGCAUGGUGUCCUGCACCGACACUCUGACCGUGGCAGCCAGAGAAGGGGUCGUUGCCGUAAGCAGGCCAAGUUGGGACCUCCUACUUGGCCGAAGGGAUUCCUUGGCGCCCAAUGCCAGCGCCACCAUCGAGCUGCCCAGCCCAGAUUCCCCUAUCGCCACCAAGGGCUUCACAGAGGCAAAGAUGAUGGCUCUGUUUGACGCCCACACCAUUUGGGGGUCGAGCUGCCGUUUCUUCCGCAAUCGCAUCUACAACGACGACAACAUGGACCGGGAGUACGUGACCAGGCUGCAGACCGCCUGUUAUGAUUAUAUGCUUACUGUUUUUUAA